GCACUGCAUCGGUACUUGUACACCAAUUCCUCGCCAUUUCACUCGUUUUUGCAAAGUUAUGCGUCGCCACAAGUACAGUGAACAGCUUUUUAAUUUAGCACGCAUUUUGCCAGAGGCCGCGGCAGGUGGCGGUGCCUUGCUCCUCCAGCCUGUUCGCACCUUCUUCGCCACGGGCCCCUCCACGUCCGCCAACGCGCCCUCGUCCAGUGUGCCGUCGUCCAGCAGCCAGUUGUGCUCCGCGCAGAACGCGCGCAGGUCCUAUGAACAGCAGGCUGGGCAACAGUGAGGGAAGUAAUGAGGUCCAGACAGAGGUGCAUGGCGCUUUUGAGAAGAGGCUGUCGUCUUACGUCUGCUAGAGGCCAGGGCUCGGAGGCAGGCAACAGCACACCCAACUGACCAUUACACACAUUGCAAACCCGACGACACCAAACCUCCUGUAACUCAACCAGUCC